AUGGCCAAUCUGCCAUCGCUGUCGUCGCUUGGCAAUGUCAACUUUUCAAAGAAAUUUGGGCAAUUGUCUCAGUUUGUUGGAGAAAAGCUUGGAAAUACCCAAAAGACAGAAACGAGUGAAGAAUUCAAGAGGCUAGAAGAGGAAACUGAUCUACGAAGGAUACAGACUGAACGCGUCCAUCUGGCUUGUGAAGGAUAUCUACGUACACUAUCAAAGAAGAGACCGUCGCCGGAAGACAAGACAGAAGGAAUGCCAUUAGAGAUCAUGGGAACUUGUAUGAAUCACUUUGGAUCCAUGAUGCAGGAGGAUUCUCCUUAUGGCAAGUCAUUAAGGCACACGUUAGCUCGCUUACUAGUCAAAUUCGGUCAAGCUCAAACCAAGUUAGCAAACAUUCAAUACGACUAUUUCCAACAAGCACGAGACGGAUACGUCGGAAAUCUCAGUCGAUGCUUGCAUGAUAUGAAGGAAUACGCUAAACUGAAAACCAAACUGGAGAAUAGAAGAUUGGAUUUCGAUGCAAAGUUGAACAAGGUGCACAAGAGUAACAAGGAGAAACCUGAAUUGGAAGAAGCAACUCGACAAGCUCAAGCAAAAUAUGAAGAGAGUUUGACUGAAGCUACUAACGUCAUGGUUCGGUUGAAUGCUAAUGAGGAAGAGCAAAUAAGCUACCUUUUGGCCUUCUUGGAUGCUGAAAUGGACUAUUACAAGCAAUGCACAGAGACAUUAUCAGCUGUAGCCAAAGAGUUUGCCUCACUGCCACGAUCAGCAAAUCUACCAAAACAGACACCAUCGAGCUCAUCACCAUUCGGCGAUGACAACAACAAUCCAUUCUCUAGUGAACCAACGUCACCACUAGGUUCACAAACCCUAGCAUCGCCAGCAACAACAUCAAAGCAAAACUUGUCUGGAUCAAGUCUAGGAUUGGGUAAUUUCGGAUCGAUGAGAAUCAAGGAUCCAAUAAGUGGACCUAUUGGUGGAAUGAGUCUUGGUAGUAACCCUAUGAGCGGUAAUAGUAAUAAUGUGAAUGGUGGUGGUUCCUUACGAGGACUGCCGUCAAGUGAACGUAUUGGUGUAAACAGCCCUGCCUUUGGAGGAGUUGGAACACCAUCGUUUGGAAGUCCUAAUAUUGGAGGUGUUUCGAUUGGUAGUUCAAGGAAUGGGUCGCCAGCUUUACCAUCAAGAACAGGUGUCCCUGCAAGUGGGACGAAACAAGUGAGAGUCACAUUCGAUUUCGAAGCUGAAGGGCCUGAUGAAAUGAGUAUACACAAAGGAGAUGUCAUCAAUGUGAUUACAGAAAUAGAUGAAGGAUGGUGGGAAGGCGAAAUGGCUGACGGAAGUGGACGUGCUGGCAUGUUCCCAUCAAAUUACGUCGAGAUUGUUUCCGAUACAUCAGCUCCUGUGAAUAACAACCCCUCGCGUGGACUAACAAGCAGCAUAUCAGGCUCAAAUAUACGAAGCGUGGGAUCAAACCCAAAUAUUUCCAAAGCACCUACCAACAAUCUCUCGAAUUCACCAUCAUUAUCAGGUUCUAGAUCCAACAUGUCGUUAUCUAAUGCUGCUCGAGGAACGACAGGCAUGACUCCUAGUACGAGUUCGAAUGCUUUGAGCAAUGAUGGCGGUGGUGGUGGACCGUGUAGCUGA